GACGAACAAGGUUGGACUUAUUAGAAAAUGUUUUUCGACAAAUUUCGCACUGAUUUGGUUUAAUGUUUAAAUGAACUCUAUUCAGAUGUUGUUGGAGUGCAUUCUUUCGAAACAUUUUUCCACAAACCUCACAAGGUAAACGAUGAGGAAGCAACUUAUGGUUUUUCAAGCCUUUUUCUGUCCUAAACGUUCUUCCACAUAAUGAACAAGUAAGAUGCUUGGGUCCUUCGUGAUGAUUCAAUAAAUGAAAUUCAAUGUCUCUUUUAUUCAGGUAAGAAGUUCCACAAAUUUGACAACGGAAAUCUCUUGUUCUAAAUUCUUUAUGUGUGUUCAUAUGAUUAACAAUGAUGGGCCUAUCUUUGAAUGCUUUUCCACAAAUAUCGCACUGAUAUGGUUUAAGGUUCAAAUGAACUUUAUUCAGGUGUUGUUUGAGUGUAUAAUAUCUUAGAAUUUUUCCACAAACCUCACAAGGUAGACGACAUGGACGCCGCUUAUGUUUAUUCAAGUGUUCUUCUGUUCUAAACAUUCUUCCACAUAAUGCACAAGUAAGAUGCUUUGACAGAAACUCUUCAUGGUUGUUUAAGUGACGACCAACACUGAAUUUACUAGGGAAUGUUUUUCCACAAAUAUCGCAUUGAUAUGGUUUAAUGUUUAAAUGCACACUGUCAAGAUGUUGUUUAAGUGAAUCUUUGUUAAUGAUUUUUCCACAGAAUUU